GGAAUGGAACCCGAGAGAGGGGACGUAUAUAUACCAGCAUCCCGGGGCCUAGACUAUAUGGUCAGGAUGUGGUCCCUCCCUCCGGGUCACUUAUUAGGGGUCCAGACGUCUCUGAAUAAAUCACCAUGGUUUCCUCCCUGGCUCUUCUUCUCUCGCUCGCCGCGUCCGUGGCUGGCGCACCUCUCGAGGCGCGUGCCGCACGAACCAAUCCGCCGGCGGGGUGCCUGGCCGUCGGCAGCUCGGCAACGUACAAGACGGUGCAGUCUGCCGUCAACGCGCUCAGCCAAUCCAGCAGCACGGCACAGUGCAUCUUCAUCUACAAGGGCACCUACAACGAGCAGGUCUACAUCCCGGCGCUCAAGUCGGCGCUGGCCAUCUACGGCGAGACGGCCGACACCAGCAGCUUCUCGGCCAACACCGUCACCAUCCAGCAGGGCAAGAGCCAGGACGACGGCAUCAGCAAUGACGAGACGGCCACGCUCCGGGCGCACACGCCGAACCUGAAGGUGUACAACAUCAACCUGGUCAACACGCGCGGGAAGGGCUCCCAGGCCGUCGCCCUCAGCGCGCAGAAGGACCGGCAGGGCUACUACGGCUGCCAGUUCCGGGGCUACCAGGACACCGUGCUCGCCCAGGACGGCGCGCACGUGUACGCCAGGAGCUACAUCGAGGGCGCGACCGACUUCAUCUUCGGGCAGAGGGCCAAGGCCUGGUUCGACGCCGUCGACAUCCGCGUGCUGGCCGCGUCGGUCGGCUACAUCACCGCCAACGGUCGCGACUCGGCCUCCAACCCGUCCUACUACGUCAUCAACCGCUCGACCGUGUCGGCCAAGUCGGGCGCCUCCGUCGGCACCGGCGCCUACUACCUCGGCCGGCCCUGGCGGAACUACGCGCGCGUCGUGUUCCAGAACACCAGCCUGUCCAGGGUGGUCAACGCGGCCGGGUGGCGCAUCUGGAACUCGGGCGACGAGCGGACCGACCAUGUCGAGUUUGCCGAGUACGCCAACGCCGGGGAGGGCGCCCAGGGCGCGCGCGCCGGCUUCGCCAAGAAGCUGUCUGCUGCGGUGACCAUCUCGACCGUGCUCGGCAGCGACUACAAGACCUGGGUCGACACGGCGUACUUGUCGUAGGUCCGCCGCCGCCGCCGCGCCGGGCCGCGCUACGGGAAGGUGAUGGUUCGGGCUUCAUUUUCAUGUAUAUACAUUAUCUUUG